UAUUUAUUCUUAUUUAUCUUGCACUUAACAUAUUUUUUAUUUAGCAGACAUUCCAGUUCAUUUCAGAGCAUUACGGCUCAUUUUGGUUUACAGCAGAGUCAUUAAAGAAAACUUAUUGCUCUCUUCCAGGCAAACUUAUUGCUUAACACUCUGCUUUACAGUCUACUCAACCUUUGCUCUGCUCAACCCCCUAUCAGCAAAACAAAAAAAUGUCGACUCAUGGGAAUAGACCAUCCUACCUCUUCUCCUCAUUCUCUAAAAUUUCUAAGGAUAAUGUUAGAUCUUCUUAUUCCAGGAGUUCUAUUUCACAAACUAAUCUAAGGAAACAGAACUGGACUCAAAACAAAGGUUCAGCCUUCAACCUUGAAUCUUCUAAUUCUACAAUAUUAAACCCUCUACUCACAACAACACAAUCGAACAACAUUCAGAGGAGCAACAGCUACCUUAGGAGUAGAACUAUCCACAGGAGUAGAAACAACAGCAACAACCAGAUAAAUACUGCCAGUAACUACAGUUUAACAGAUAGUAAGUACAAUUUGACAGUCAGCAACUACAGUUUAACAGCUAACAGUACAGAUGAGCUGAUGAAACGUCUCAGUUCUGAACCUGGAACAACUCCCUUCCCUCCUCUAAACCUUAGAGGAGUCCCUCAACCUCAAGUACAUUUAGCAGACGGACUUAUCAUAGCAUUUAUGUUCUCAUUGUGGGGGUACUCCAUCUACCUGACAUACAGAGCUUGGCAUAAGACCAUGGCUGAUUCUGGAGAUUGGAAUGAUGGAAAGGGGAUGUGGAAAUUUAUCAUGGAGGUUGUGAGAAACAAGAAGAAACCAACAUCUUCAAGAUCCAGUAGAACAGAUCAAGAUAUUGAGAUCCUGGCCAAGGAGGAGGGUGAGUUAAUCCACCUCCAGGUGGAGGAGGAGGAGGAGGAGGAGACAACAAAACAAUUUAUUGAAGAAAGAGAUAAAGAUAUAAAGGAUGUUAAAAUGUUUAGAACUGAAAAUGAAACCAAAAUCAAUCAUUUACAAAAUAAAACCAUUCUAAACCCUGAUGAUAAUAUUCCUAACCUUCAACCCUAUAAACCAACUGAUCAAUGGACCAGGAGAGAAAACUUCCAUCAAAGAUUGCAAAGACAUGAAACCUCAAUCCUGGUUCAGCAUAGGCAUCAGAAAAUCCAGGUGUGCAGAUCAAAGGAAGAUUAUGAAUACAAGAGCAAAAGACAGGAAGAAGAUGAGAAACUGAUUCAAAGAAUUGAAGAAGAAGAAAGAUUGCUUAGACUCAGAGAAAAUGAAGAAAAUAAAUUCCGCAGAAGAGAGGAUGAAGAAAUCCAUGAACUAAUGAAUGAAAUCAAUCAAUCAAAUGAGAAUGAAGAUGGUAGUCUAGUGAUGCAUGGGAAUGAGCUUGAGUUGCUGAUAAGGUUGAGGAGUGAAGAGGAUAUGAAGAUGCUAUUGCACCAGGAGAGAAUAGAAGAGUUGAAUAUUCUUCAACAGUUUAGAAGACGGGAAGCACUGGAGUCAAGUUAUGCAUGGAUAAACAGGGAGGAUGUGAGAUAUAAACGUUCUAUUUCUGAGUUUAGAAGAGACUGUGAUGAUUGGAGAGUAGGGAUAGAUGAGGAGGCGUAUAUUGAACUCCAGAACCUGGAUAUUUUGGAUGACAGUGGAUAUCAGAUUAUUUAAUGGAUAAACAUCAUGAGUGGAUAUUAUUCCUCUGUAAUAAAUGGUCUGAAAUAUGGAUACAAACCUUCCAAUAGAAUACAAGAUUGGAUAUCAUACCUGUAAUAUAUUGAGUCAAUUGUGGAUACAAAACUUCCAAUAGAAUAAAACCUUGGAUAUCAGAGCAUUAAUAGAUUACAAAGAUACCGUUUCUGUAAUAAAUUGAGUGUAUUCUGGAAUUAUUGAUAAAAUGAAUGGAUAUUGUACAGUACAAAACUUUUGAAGAAAUUAUACAAAAGCAAAGAGUUUAGGCACAAAAUCAUUAUAUGUUUGCUGUGCAAAUAUUUGAGAAAUUGUAAAUGAUUGUGUACACUGUACACUGUGCAUAUCUUUUGAAUUGUACAUUUUUUGACACAAAAUUCAAAUUGUCCCCAUAUGUUCGCAACCUGAUAUUUCAAAUUUAGAUUAUUUGAUCUGAGAGAAAUUAUAGUUUGAAAUAUUUUAGGCCUACGACAUUGUGUUGCAAAGAUGUAGGGAUGUAGAGUUUGUGGCAAAGACUCAAUUCCUUUCCUUAAUAGAUGUUGAUUUCGUGAAAUCUGAACUAUCUAUACCUUCUAAUUUUUUAAUCCCCCUGGAUAAAAAGAUUUAGAAAAAAUAAAAAUCACUUAUUUCUUGCUUUUGUUUUAAAGAAAUAUUUGCCAAAAUUCUGUAUUUAUAAAAAUUUUCAGAAUGUGGAUAUUUCUCAGUGUUCCCCUAAUUACCAAUGUAAAUUAUUUGUGAUAAAUGUACUGUAAGAUAUUAGAAAUAUUUUAUAUAAUAAAAUUUAUUUUUAU